CGAAGAUACAGCUUUAUGACGCUCGCCCGGCGCCGACAUCCCGUAUUUCCCAACGGCACCCGCAGAUUAUAAUCAUGACGACCCCGAUAGCAGCGGCCGCUGAGGCGGCUACCAAGCAGCUCCCUCGAAAAUUCGGCAAUAAGCAGGUUUUCUUACCGAACCAUGUCGUUGCCUUCAUCCGCCCCAAGGACAAGCAGCCGCCAAAUCUGGCGACCUUCGUCGUGCCGCUAAAAUUCAACAAGUUCGACCUCCGCGACUACCUCUACCACGGCUACAAUGUCCAGGUGACCUCAGUACGCUCCUUCAUCAACCGGCAGUUCCCGAAGCGAAAGUUCGCACACCACGGCAGGAUUUACCUACCGCGCCCACAAAAAAUGAUGAUCGUCGAGCUCCUAAAGCCGUUCGUUUGGCCGGAGCCGCCCGCCAAGUCGGACCUGGACGCGUUCGACUACGCUACGUACAAGAAGAUAAGCGAUCAGAGGGGAUCCGAGACGAAAAAGCGAAUAGACCCAACGAAGGUCCCCUUGCUGUCGAGGUCCCCGUUGCCCGAAUAUCGGGUGAAGUUGAAGGAGUCGGCGGCCGAUAUGGCGAAGCGCGGGGAAUGGAGCAACGAAAAGAACAACGAUGAUGAGUGGACCGAGGUAGAGACCGACGUCAAGGUAUGAAAUCAGAAUUGAGGAAUUGGGGAGUAGAAGGAGACGGGGACUUGCGGCUCGGUGCUGUCACGAUAGACCGCGGCGUGGAAAACGAGCCGGCGGUGGCAUGUAAUAUACCACACGACGUAAGGUAGCUUACAAUGUAUGUACAAUUAUGAUCA